UCCCAUAAGAAGAAGAAGAAGAAGAAGAAGAAGAAGAAGAAGAAGAAGAAGAAGAAGAAGAAGAAGAAGAAAUAUACUCCGUAUUAUUCCAUCUUCUCAUCUGAUCUAUAUUUGCAGCAGCUCUGCAUACUAAUUACCAUACCAGCCAUAAUGAAGAUCUUUAAUUGGAUUCAUGGAAAGAUUCAUGGGAAGCAACCGGUCGUCGUCAACAAACCACAUCCAAAUAAUACCACUCCAUAUACGGCGAAAGAAGAGUUCAGCGACUGGCCGAACAGUCUGCUGGCGAUCGGGACGUUUGGGAAUAACAAGAAUCAGCUCAGAGCCACAGAAGCUUCUUCUGCUGACUGCGACGGCGACAAUGGCGGCGGCGGCGGCGAUGGAGACCGGCGACUCACGGGGGAAGAAGUCGGGGAGCUAAAGAAAGAGCUGAAGCUGCUGAUGCACAAACACUCGGUGCGGGAAAAUGGCGGCUUGGAGAAGUUUUUCGAUUGUCUGGACGACAUUGACGACGAGGGGAUCGUGAUGUCGCCGGAGGACGAGGAUGUCCUGUGCGGCGGCGGUCGGACGGAGGCGAAAACAGAGAGCUCUCUGUCGUCGUCGUCAUCUAUAAUCACCAGAAAGUCGCUGUCUUUCCUAUUCAAGAAGGCCAUUCUCUGCCGCGGCGGCUUUAUCCCGCCUCCGGCGCCGUCUCUGCCUCUUCCGGCGGAUCUUUUUCCGGCGGACGGCGCCAGAUCGGAGAAGUCAAGAAUGGACAGGAUUCUGAGGUCGAUUCUGAACAAGAAAAUAUAUCCGCAGGGGGCGGCGAAUCCGAGGACGUCCACGAAGAAGUACCAGCUGGAGGAUAAUAAUUUAUAUUUAUGUGAGAAUUAUUCAGAGAGCGAAGAUGAAGAAGAUGAGGAAGAUGAAGAAGAUGGUGAAGGAGUGGGGAAGGCAGGUGGUGAACAGGGGAGGAGCAAAUGGGUGAAAACUGAUUCUGACUUCAUUGUUCUGGAGAUAUGAAAUUUUCCUCAUUAAUUCGGCCACUGCCUUCUGAGAUUCUAAGGAAUACUAUUUAAUUAAUGUUAUGGAGAGUAAACUUUUUUUUCAUGUCUCCAGAUGAAAACAUGUGUUAAAUAAAGAAGCCGAGAAAAGGAUGGCAUAAUAUGACACUGGGUUGAUCAAAGGGGCCAAUCAAGUGAACAUCAAGAUAUGGGUGUCAGAUCCAUAUAUAAUUUGAUCCUUUCUCAUUUACCAAGUGGUUAUAUUUUCGUCUCAUAGAAUUAAUCCAAAGAGAUUAAUCAUGAUUCUGGUGUUAAAUAUCAAUAAUCUUUCUUAUUUUUU